CACGCAGCCUCCUCGUCCUCCCGGAUCUCUUGGCUGGGCGCUGAGGCGGGGGAAGAGGCUGGGGUCGCCACGGCGGAGGUUGCUGCCGCCACCCCCCUGCGGGGGUGGCCGGGGUUCCCGGCUAGGGGGGCACCGUUCCGGGUGAGGCAUCCACCAUGGUGAGGCCCCUGAGCCGCUGCCCCUCGGUGCUGCCGCUGCUCCUCCGCCCGCUGUUCCUCCUCCAGCUCCAGAUCGGAUCACGGUGAGGGAAAGAUGAGCGAGGAGACGGCGACUUCUGACAACGAUAAUAGUUAUGCACGAGUACGAGCUGUGGUGAUGACCCGGGAUGACUCAAGUGGUGGAUGGUUACCACUUGGAGGGAGUGGACUAAGCUGCGUCACUGUCUUCAAAGUCCCUCACCAGGAAGAGAAUGGCUGUGCUGACUUUUUUAUCCAUGGAGAGCGACUCAGGGACAAAAUGGUGGUUUUGGAAUGUAUGCUUAAAAAGGACCUCAUUUACAAUAAGGUCACUCCAACAUUUCACCACUGGAAGAUCGAUGACAAAAAGUUUGGCCUUACCUUUCAGAGUCCUGCUGAUGCCAGAGCUUUUGAUAGAGGCAUUCGAAGAGCGAUAGAGGAUAUUUCUCAAGGAUGCCCGGCGUCAAAAAAUGAAGCUGACGGACCAGAAAAUGACUUACAAGCAUCUGAAGAGGAUACUUCCAGUUCUCUCGUGAAAGACCACCUUUUCCAGCAAGACACCAUUGUUACGAGUGAGCCUUACAGAAGCUCAAAUAUAAGACCUUCUCCAUUUGAAGAUCUGAAUGCCAGAAGACCCUACUUGCAAAGCCAAGCCAAUCAGAUAACAUUCAGCCAGCCAGGCCUAGACCUUCCGAGCAGAGGUAUGGAAUAUGUACAACGGCAGAUAUCCAGGGAAUGCGGAAGCCUGAAGCCCCAGAAUAGAGUUCCGUUGAAAUCAAUCAGACAUGUCAGCUUUCAAGACGAGGAUGAGAUUGUCAGAAUAAACCCUCGAGAUAUCCUAAUACGUCGCUAUGCAGACUACAGACAUCCUGAUAUGUGGAAAAAUGACUUGGAGAGAGAUGAUGUUGACACCAGUAUUCAGUUUUCAAAACCAGACAGUAAAAAAUCUGACUAUCUGUACUCUUGUGGCGAUGAGACUAAAUUAAGUUCACUCAAAGACUCUGUGGUAUUUAAGACACAGCCUUCCUCGUUAAAAUUUAAGAAGUCAAAACGAAGAAAAGAGGAUGGUGAACGUUCUCGCUGCGUAUACUGCCAGGAAAGGUUUAAUCAUGAAGAAAAUGGCAGGGGGAAGUGUCAGGAUGCUCCAGACCCUAUUAAAAGAUGCAUAUAUCAAGUUAGCUGCAUGCUCUGUGCAGAGAGCAUGUUGUAUCAUUGUAUGUCAGACUCGGAGGGAGACUUUUCUGAUCCCUGUUCGUGUGACACUAGCGAUGACAAGUUCUGCCUUCGAUGGUUGGCCCUGGUAGCUUUGUCUUUCAUUGUACCAUGUAUGUGCUGCUACGUCCCUUUGAGAACGUGCCAUCGCUGUGGUGAGGCGUGUGGGUGCUGUGGCGGGAAACAUAAAGCUGCUGGGUGAAAUGAUGCCGUGCCAAAAUGAGCUUACAAUCUUUGUGUCCAGGAAUUAACUAGCUUGGAUUUGUGGAAGCUUUUGGCAAGCAGUAUGGAAUCUUGCCUGGUAUCAUUGGGGCCACACAUGGAGGAAGCAGAACUCGUCAGUUCUGGGCAUUUCACAAAUGCUGGCCAUGCCUCCCUCUUUCCCUUCGGUGCACGGCAUGUUUUGUUACAGGUUGUAACGAAUAUUUGCGAAAGGAAACCAUUUCUGGUUAUUGGCUAUAAAAAAUGAGCAUAAAAUACGAUCCAACUAAAAGGGAUUUGAUGUUUGGCAUUUUUGUAUAUUUAUGCAUUAGGUGAUGGGACUUUUAAAGAUUUGAAUUCAUUAGGACAUGAACUUAAUAAAAGUGCACUAGGGGACAGUUGAUUUCAUUCUAAGAAAAGUUAACACUUGGAAAUUAUAAGACGUAAAACAAGUACAACUAAAUCAUUUAUUAGUUGUUUUUGGAAACAGUUUUAUGUAUAAAUAACAAAUGUUUAUAUUUAACUAAAUGUAAGGUACGAAUUAUUACCUAUUAAACCUCCCUUCCCCUUCCUAGUUCUCAAGUAGGUCUAUGUCUAUCUACUGUCACAUUCCAUUGUAGUUUCAAUAUUUAACUCAUCUAGUUAAUAACGUUUUUUAUACCAUGUGAAUGAUUUGAUAUUUUCAUCCUCAUUUCCCUUUGGCUACAGUUUAUACUGAGUUAUAUCUGUACAUUCUGGUAAUCUAGAAACCUUAAAAAUACUCUAAUAGCCUCGAGUGACCAACUUUUUUUUAAAGCACAGAUGUAAUUGUCUAAUGUUCUGAUGGAACGUAACACUUAUUUUUAUAUAAAAAGAUUGAGUAAACGUUAUAGAAAAAAGUGAGGUUUUUUGGUUGUUUUGUGGUAUUCAACCAGCAAGUUGUUUUCUUUCAGUUUCCUCCUUUACAACAUUUUAUUGCAUUUACAAAUGUUUUACAAGGCAAAAGGUGUAACUGGAUAGUUAGCUUAAAACCAUGUCCUGAGAUUUCCACUUGUCAUUCUGCAAAAGCCGGGUAUGUUCAGCUGUGUUACUAAUUUUUUAGCUUGAUCCUGAGUGCUUAUUAUUCACGUAACAAUGAUAACUUUUCUCAGUUGCAUUUUAUUUUUAUUUAAACUGGCCAAAAGCAAAAUAAUUUUUAUGUUAAAAUAUGCUCUAAACGCUCCCAUGAAGGUAUUUAAUCCAACAUUGUGAAUGAAAUAUCUUGUACAUACAAAUUUAUUUCUUCUGCAGAGCAGUGUAUUACUGGAUGUUUAAUUUACAAAGUAGUUGGAUAAAUGUUCCAACAAAUUGUUUAAAGUACUUCAGGGUCAAAUUGUCUUUUUUUUUUUUUUUUUAAGUGUUACAUUAAAACUCUAAGCAAGUAAGGGGUUCCUUGAGAACAUUCCCUUCAAGGGAUAUAGUCAAGAAGUGUGCCUUUUUUUAGUGGCCUGAAGUCUCAGAGGUGAUGAAAAUUAAAAUCACACUACCAUUUAAAAGCUCGUUUUCUAUGCAAGUUUUUAAAUGUCAUGUAUGUGUCUUUCUUUUUACAUAUCGCACUUGUGUUAGUGUUCUUCUUUUGCCCCAGAUCAAACUGAACAAUGUAUAUAACACUAUCUGUCUGUAAAAUACUUUUUUUUUUUUUUUAAGAAAGCAUUUAUAUUUAUAUGACAGCCUGAACUGACAACAUUGUGUAAAUAGAUCAUCUUGGAGUAUUAUUUCACAUUGAAAAGAAGAAAACUAUAUUGAUAACUAUAGAUGUUAUGAAGAAGAGGUUAUUUCUAGUUUUGUACUGAAAAAUCAAUUGGAUGAACUAAAUCCAAAACGUGACACUGUAGCAGCUGUUUUAAGUCUUAUUUUUACUGUUUAUAUAUUUGAACGCUGCUGCACCAGAUGAUCUUCAUCCCUGAAGUUUUCGGCUAAACUUGGUGUCCUAGGAUAGACUGUUAAUUUUCAAAAUUACCUUUUAGUGGUGAAAUGGAAAUACUGGUUUUUCUUGUGAAUGAAUUUUCAUAUUUGUAAGUGCUGAGCGUCUAAUUCAGGUUUGAGCAAGGUGUGAAUAACUGAAGAAAAUAACUUGCUGGCUAUGUAGGAAAAUGCUGUGGAAAUAAACUGUGUAUAUACUUCUGGGAAGAACAAAUUUAAUCAUUUCUUCUGUUAAGCACUAAUCAGUAUAGUGCAACUCCUGGUUCUGUACUGUAUUUUAUAUGCAACAUAUAUGCUUUAAUAUUUUAAUGUUUGUGCAUUAAUAUUUUCGAUUUUGUUUAACCACUUUGCUGCUAAGAUUUUGCCAUCCUAUCCCCAUUUUUUCCUUUACAAUUUUAAACAAGUUUCUUCAUUAAAAACUAUGAUGAUGAAAUGAUUUUUAUUUCAUCUUGGAUCUUUAUAGUUAACGUACCAUUUUCCAAGUCAGCCCAGAAAACUAACUGAUAAUAUAAUGUCGUCUGAAUCCCUCUGUGGAAAUAUUUUCUUGAGUAGAGUUCUUAUGUGAAAACAAAUCCUGUCAUUCUUAAACACGUGGUGUUAGGUACAUUCUGGAAUAUUUUGUCAUUCUCCAUACAGAUUUGACACUGCCAGCUGGCUUUUCCUCAGCCUUCCUCCUCUUUCUUUUUAAUCUGGUAGUAUGAGCGGAAGGAGCCCUGGUGCGCAGUGGUAAAGCACUCAGCUGCUAACUGAAAGGUCGGCGGUUGGAACCCACCAGCCGCCCCACGGGAGAAAGAUGUGGCAGUCGGCUUCCGUAAAGAUUACAGCCUUGGAAACCCCAUGGGGCAGUUCUACUCUGUCCUUUAAGGUAGCUAUGAGUCGGAAUCGACUCAAUGGCAGUAGGUUAAGUAUAAGCAAAUGGCUAGACAAAACUGCUUCAGUAUUAGUGAAUAUUCAAAAUGAAACCAUCUAGAUGACAUGAAAGACUUUGGUCAGCUUGUGUCAAUUGACAACUCUUCGAGGGUAGUUGUGGCUUGAUCUCUGCAGAAGUGUGAGGUAUGGCUGUUUAGCGCCACCUACUGGACGACAUAAAGCCCAGAGGAUGAGAUGGUGAUGGGGGUCUGACAGGGCUCCUCGCCACUACCAUUAAAGGGCUAUUAAAGUGGGGCCCCUCCUACCGGGGACCAGGAGUAAGAAAUAUCUCAAAAGGGACUGUAAAUGGAUUCUUUCCCCUAAUGUGUCUUGGUUGCUCGAAGAUUUUAAGCACUUUCUUCUUACACAUCCUGUUUUAAAAUAUUUAUAGAUACUUGGAACUGGCAGUCAGACUUAAUGGAUGUGCUGAAGCAUUUAUAGAACCAGUUCUCUUUUUUUUUUCGCAAAAGCCAUUACCAAGAUGGUAUUCUUACUUCUCUUCCCAUUACCAGUCAGGGAGGAUUUUUAAAUAACAGACAUAAUCCGUUGUAUUUCAUCAUGACAACUUCAGAGAGAAUGUGCGUGUAUGUUUCUGAGAUGACGUCAGAGCAGGAGUUAAAAUUUAAAAGGCAAAACUUGAAACUACCUAUUUGCAUUGGUUAUUCAGCAGUGCCUAAAACGAGCUUUGGAAGUACUACAAAAUGCACUUUUAAGUCAUGUGUAUAGUGCCAUCUGAUAUCUUGGGUAAGUCUCGCUUUUGGUUUUUCCUUUUUCCCCCUUAACUGAAUGGCACAAAGUGUCUUAAUGUCAGUGCACAGGAAGUGUGUACUUUCCUCCAGACGGAUAACGUAAGGAAUCUUAAGGAUGUUUCUUUUAUUAAAAACUUACUUAGGUUUGGUGAUUACCUUUUGAAAUAAGUGUUCAAGGUUGAAUUUUUAAUCUUAGCCCAAAGGUCCGUUAAGCAAGUGUAACAUUUUUCUGCAUAAAACAUUAAAAAUUUUAGUUACCUGGUGAAAAACAGAUUCUUUAUGAAAUAUUAUUCUCUUUCUUGAUUUGAUCUUCAUGGGUCACAUUUCUAAAUACAAGAGAAAGCACUAGAAACUUGCAUUAUCGUUGCACUAAAAAAUAAAAUUAGUCUGUAAAUAAUGAUAAUAAUAGCACCAUAAGGUGUUUUUCAGUAAGUCAUACAUGAAAUUUUAAAAUUUAAAAAAAAAAAAAAAACUUGAGGUGAUUUAUAUAAA